GAGCGAGGAAGAAACCACAUGGAUCCGGUUCGAUUGAAGAGUAUACAGGAGAUGCUGAUGCUGUGGUAGAAGAUAUUCCGUGGAUAGAUUCCAUGGCCCCGUCAUACGCGCAGGAUCAUGGCUUACAGCCUGAUUCUCAGCCACCAACGGUUGCUGCUUUUUCGCCCACUACUAUUUCAGGCUCAUCCUUGACGUCCAGACAACGUUCCAGCAUAAUCGUACAUCGCAAAUCUCCCCUUCUUGUGGCUACACCUCCCGCCAUCACUCGAGCUCUGGCCUAUUCUCAUCCUUUUAUACUUCCUUUGAAUAAACUCGCCGGCUUGCUCACGUGGACAACGGACGACCCAUGGCAAAGCUUCCUUCUCGUGGCGGGAUUUUGGACGGUGGUCCUGUAUAGCGAUGCGAUUAUUCUUUGGGGCGGUCCGAUGUUAGUCGUAGUCGGGUUAAUCCUAGGCAUGUAUUGGAGACGCUUUUCUCCGUUAUCGACGGCGGCAUUCACGGGCGAGAAACGACAGCACCAAAAGAGUGCCUCUGAGGGCUCUUCGCAUCAGCAUGAGACUCUGGAUGAGAUUGUCGAGACAUUGAGAACUUUCACGACUCGGUGCAACAUACUCCUGGAGCCUCUCCUUGAGCUUACGGAUUUCCUAUCGACCCAGAGAACGGCGACCUCUGCAACUACAAGACCCGCUCUCACUACUAUGUUCAUACGAAUUCUUUUUGUGACUCCCAUCUGGAUCGCAUUGACCCUUCCGCCCUUUUACAUAAUCACAACUCGCCGUGUUGUCAUGACUAUAGGCACCAUCAUUCUCACCUAUCACUCCCGACCAGCAAGAGUAUCACGAGUCAUUUUAUGGAGAUCCUUGACUGUUCGCCGAAUAUGUUCCAUAAUUACUGGCCUUUCAUUUUCCUUAAAUGCCAAUAAACCGCAGUCCCUCUGGGCUCAGAGCCACGGUCAUGCUGCAACCAUUGCAACGAGGCGGCGAGGGGAUUCCUCGGGCGUUCGCUUCACUUUUGUACUCUAUGAGAAUCAACGCCGGUGGCUCGGAAUUGGAUGGACAUACUCUCUGUUUCCCUCUGAGCGUGCUGCAUGGACCGACGAACACCUGAACCCAGCACCGUCCAAGGAUGACUUUGAGCUCCCGCAUGUACAGGCUGGGAAUGCCAAGUGGCGCUGGGUCGAGGGCAGCGAGUGGCGUAUCGAAGGAGCUGACGAUACGAACAGCAAGACAGAUGGUAAAGCAGCGGACGGUGGAGGAUGGAUCUACUAUGAUAACAAGUGGAAUGAUGGCCGUCGUGGGCAAGAUGGUUGGGAUCGUUAUACUCGUCGUCGGAAGUGGUGCCGCGACGCUGAACUCGUCGAGAUACCACAAGCGACUGAAAACACGCCGGCUACGGCCAAGUCUAGUUUAACACAGGCGUUGGAUAAUCAGAGGGAGUCGGGGAACAUUGACGCUUCAACAGUCGAUACCGAUGCCGUGAGUCUCGCCCCGUCAGCCUCCUCCAAGGCGCGGAGAAGACGUUGGUUCGGGGGUUCGAAACCUCCCAUCGGGAACCCCGUCUCGAGACCGAUUGACAUCGCGCACUCUCGGAAGCCAUCGAACUAUUCCGGCAACACAAGUCAUGGCAGUAUGGGCCGAGACAGCAGCGUUGCGGGGAGUGUCUCGCACAGUGACAGUGCCAGCAUUCGAGAUAAGGAAAUUGUCCACGCUCAAGAUCGUCUAGACCGCUGGGGUACUCGAGCUACAGGUGGUAUUGAGCGAGCGGAGCGAGAACUGGGGCUAGGUGACGAGGUCAAUAUGGGAUUGAGUUGAUUGUUCAGUCUCUUAGCCAGGGCAAUCCGCGAAAGAGACCCGGGGAGUUUCAUGGAGCAGUGUCUGUGGCAGCCCAUUUUUCAUCCAGUUUUCGGUUUCGACUCAGCAAAUAGGGUUACUUUUCCGAGUGUAUAAUAACAUUCAGAAGCAUAUAUUAUUAAUGGCAUCAUCCAAGUCUCGAACAAAUUCUGAAGAUACU